CUUCACUCUCUCACAAGCUCCCACCUCGCACCCACACCCCGACCUCUACACCACCGCACACUGCUUCACCAGGCCAGACUCGUCCCGCACGCUCCCGCAAGCAUGUCGCAAGUCCACGCCAUGUCCGACGACCAGGUCGCCGGCGAGCUCAAGAAAAUGACUGCCUUCAUCCGGCAGGAGGCCCAUGAGAAGGCUAACGAGAUACGCCUCAAGGCCGACGAGGAAUUCGCAAUUGAGAAGUCCAAGCUCGUGCGCCAAGAAACGUCCGCCAUCGACUCGUCCUACGAGAAGAAGUUCAAGCAGGCCAGCAUGUCGCAGCAAAUCACACGCUCCACCGUCGCCAACAAGACGCGACUAAGGGUGCUCUCAUCAAGGCAAGAACUGCUGGAUGGUCUGUUUGAGGAAGCAGGCAAGAAGCUGAGGGACGUCUCCAAGGAUAAGACCAAAUACCAGGCCAUGCUGAAGAACCUGAUACUGGAGGGCGCCUAUGCGCUCAACGAGACCAAGCUGCAGGUCAAGGCAAGGAAGGCCGACUACGACAUAGUAAAGAAGGCCAUCGACGAAGCCCAGUCAGAGUACAAGAGCAAGGUGGAGAAGGACGUGUCCCUCUCUAUUGACGAGCGCGACCCGUUGCCAGAGGGAUCGGCCGGCGGUGUGAUAGUGGUCGGGACCGGUGGUAGAAUUGACAUCAACAACACCCUUGAAGAACGUCUGAAGCUCCUCGAAACCGACGCACUACCAUCCAUUAGAGUAAUCCUGUUCGGCGAGAACAAUAACAGAAAAUUCCACGACUGAGAGGUCGGAAGCAGCUUGUACAAGGCUUGAGACCGACUGUAGAGCUGUUGGGAAUCUACGCGCGAAGGCAUGGGCGAGUUUCGCCAGGCCAUGUGAAAGCCAUUGGCAGAAGUAUUAUUUUCCUUGGAUCCACGGCCGUGCAAAUAUGGUGCAUUUGUGGAGCCUGUCUCACACAUGUACUUGGAGAAGCUUGUAGAAUAGUAGAAAGACUUGAGCGGACUUGAGCGGACUUGAGUUGGCUUGGGAGGACUUCCUAGUGUGCAAAUUUCAGUUAUCG